GCUCCCACACUGAACUACAGUUUCCAGAGAUUUGCGGCGCGGCUGCGAAUCAUAUCCGGGUGACAGGAAACUAUGCUUUUCCCCAUCUCUUCCCUGCCCCCCCUCCCUCUCGUUCAUUCUGCGGCUGCCGGGUUGUCGGGGCAGGAGAGACCAUUCUGCACCUGGAGGAGGAGGGGAGUCUCGCUUUUUGCCCCCUCCUGCGCAGGGAACAAUGGAAAGAUCUAAUGUUCGGGGCAGGGAAGGCAGCGUGCGGGGUUUCUGAUCGGGUAGCUGCAGUCUAUCCCGGCAGGCUUUUCCCCGUCCUCCUCGGCCGUAUAUUUUCUUCGUCGCUCUAGAAAGCCUCUUGAGUGCGUGUGCGCGCGUGUGUAAAAUUGCUGGUCGUCUUCUUGGCUAGCUUAUGACUGAGCCCCCUAGAACUCAUGCCGCCGCCGCCGCUGCUGCCGCCGCCUCCUUUGGAACUCGCUGCCUCUUGAUUGCUCGCGCGCAGUGCUUGUAAGGGAAGAGAAGAGCAGAGAAGAAUCAUGGCCCCCACGGCAACAAGCGUUGGGUUUGCGCCCAUUUCUCUCCGACCCUCACUCCUGCUCACUAGUUUCUAGGUGGCAGAUUGCCCCUGCUCCUUCCCCUGCCCGCACACUUCCUUGUAGCCGAUGGGGAUGUCUCGGUCGCCUCUCUCCUCCUCUGUCUUCUUCACACGGUCGGGGAAACCGAAACCGUCCUAGAUCUUCACAGACACAGGGAAGAUGUUGCAGAGUAUUGGCCUGACUCUCCUCGUCAUCGUGGCUACGUUGUUUUUUGUCUUGCUAUUCAUGCUCUGUGGUUGGUGUGUGGUCUGGCAGCUCUUCUUAUCCAAGUUUAAGUUCUUACGAGAGCUGAUAGGAGACACAGGAUCCCAGCAGGGAGAUAAUGAAAACACAGAGCCAGAAGCCGAACAGGAUGUGCUGCUCGCUCCACAGAGAAGCAGGCAGAAAUCUGCACGCCAGCGAAGGGGACCUGCCGAAGAAGCGACCUAAAAUGAGAUGACUGGGUAAUUUCCAAGCAACCGAUGAGCAACGUUUAAAUGCUUUGGUUCUGCUGAUAUGCUGAGCAAGAAAACCAAACUCUUUCCAAAGAAGUUCAGACAACAUUUUAAGGCAAAGUGUCGGUGGGUGGGGGAGGGAAUGAGAAGCAAGAAGCAUCUUACGCUUUCUGGGUGGAGUUGUUGGGAAGAGAAGUGCUGGUUUCCUGUUCUUCAGGGAUUGUGCCCAGCUUUUGCACAAGUGUGAACGUGAUCAACUGUUCAAAAUUAAAAUGGCUACUGACAUCUUUAUAAGACUAUAACUAAUGGCAACUAACCUCUGUUGUAAUUCUUCAUGUAUCCAUUUUGUGCAGAAAUAUGUUUCUUUUCUGUAUGAACCCUAUGGACGUGUCUAAGCGGUGUCACCCCCACAGGAUAAAAUGAAUAUUAGGUACAUGUAGAGGCUCCAUCAACCAACUUAAAUAUAAGCAGGAAAUGAAAUUUGGCA